ACGGGGUUGGGCAGGAUGCUCCGGGAACCCCAGCACCAACAGCGCGGAGCGACCUUAAAGCUCGGCUGCACUUGGCUGCAACCCCAGCGCUGGCAGCGCCCGGAGCCCGGCACAAGUGCCCCUCUUAGGAGAAGUGCAAAGGAAAGGAAAAAAUAUUUAGAGAGGCAGCAGAGCGCGGCAAGCAGGAGCAGCCCGGCCGCGGCGGACGUGCCCGCGGUGCUGCCAGCGCGGAGGGGCCGUGCGGUGCCAGCGGAGGAGCCGGCGAUGGAGCCCCGUCCCCCCGCCUGGCCGCUGCUCUGCCUGCUGCUGCUCUGCCCGCCCUCCUGCCCAGGUGUGGGUGCCCAGAAGUAUCGGGACUUCAAACUGCAGCAGUCCCAGGGCCCGGUGGUGAUGACCACGGGGGAGACACUGACCCUGAACUGCACAGUGUCUGGAUCGGGUCCUAUUGGCGCUGUGAGGUGGCUGAAGGGCUGGGGCAGCGGCAAUCGGAACUUUUAUGAAGAGAAAGGCUCCUCCUCAUCCCGUGUGACGAGAGCAGACAAUGAGUCCAACACAGACUUCACCAUCCGCAUCAGGGAUGUCCAUCUUGAGGAUGCCAGCACCUAUUACUGCGUGAAGUUUCACAAAGUCAACAAUAGUGAAGAGGUGUUUAAGAGAGGCGAGGGCACGAAGGUGUUGGUGCACGCCAGACCCUCCGAGCCGGUCAUGUCGGGGCCGAGUCGCCGAGCGGUGCCGGGGCAGUCGGUGCCCUUCACCUGCAGUGCUGCAGGGUUCUUCCCCCGUGACAUCCAGGUGAAAUGGCUCAAGAACAGCGUUUCAGUUCGGGCUGAGCCACCCAACAUCACCCCAGAGCUGUCCAGUUCCUCCUACAACAUGUCCAGCACCAUACAGGUGGUGCUGCGUGAGGACGACGUCCGCUCGGAGCUGACUUGCGAGGUGCAGCACAUCACGUUGGGGUCCCCGCUGAGGAGGACGUACGCGCUGCGCCAGGCCCUGCGAGUUCCCCCCAGCGUGUCUGUGGUCGCUGCACCGCCGGGCGCCGUGGAGGUGAACAAGACGGUGAACUUCACCUGCCAUGUGCGGGGCUUCUACCCGGGACCUGUGACCGUCACCUGGCUGGAGAACGGGACGGAGACGAACAUGGAGAACACCACGGAGCUAACGGAGACCUCCCAGGGCUUGUUUGAGCUGAAGAGCACGGUGACGGUGCAGGCGGGAGAGGAGAAGAAUGGCUCCAGGUUCACCUGCCGGGUGGUGCACGAGGACCAGGAGCCCAUCUCCAGCACGGGCACCCUGCGGAUCGCUGCCCCAGCCCAGUGGGGACCCAGCGACAGCUACACCGGAGACAACAAAAAUCUUCUCAUCUACGUGGCGGUGGGAGUGGUGUGCACUGUGCUGGCGCUGCUGGUGAUUGCAAUUCUCUACCUCAUCCGGACGAAGCAGAAUAAGGGUAAGAGCUCUCCGUCUGCCAGGUUACAUGAGCCGGAGAAGAGCAGCGGGACCACAACCACCCAGGAGUCCGACCCCAACAACCUGACCUACGCCGACCUGAACUUCGCCAAAGAGAAGAAGAGCAUCCGCCGCAUCAUCGAGCUGAGCCAGCAGUCGGAGUACGCCUGCAUCCAGGGCAGCAGCGGCAGCAGCAGCAGCAGCAGCAGCCAGCCGCCCGCCAGCAGCGACAACCUGACCUACGCCGACCUGGACAUGGUGCACCUCAGCAAGGCGCCCCGGCGGCCCCCCCCGCGCCCCGAGGAGAGCAGCUCUGAGUAUGCCAGCGUCCAGAUCCAGCGACAGUGAGCAGAGCUGGGGCUCACGGGGGGUCCUGGUCCUCCCCUCACCCUGUUGGGGGGACUUUCUCAGCAGCACCGAUGGCCACGGUACCCGUGUUCUGGGAUGGAAGCGCAGCCUUCAGCACUGUGCCUGCUCCUGGGGGUUGACUUCUGUUUGCAGACUUUUGGGGUGGCUUGAGGGCUCCUUGCCUUUGGGACCCCCCCCCCCCCCCCGGCCCUUGGCCAUGAGGAUCCCUGAGUUGUGCACUGGGUUUGCUCGCAGAACCCGAGGAUGCGUCGCUGGAGAGCGCUGCAGCGCAUCAGGGACCGGGACUGUGCCUCCAGGCCAGGGGCCCCCAGCUGCCUUCGGGGGCUCUAGCUGCGUGGAAAACAAACUCUGGCUUUAAAGGAAGGAUGUCAAUGUCCACCUCUCUUCCCAAGUGUCUCUUCCGUGGGCUCUUGCACCGACACCAAUAGGACUGGGGGGGGCUGCACGAGGCGAGCCGCAGCCGCGCUGGCUUUGCCCCUUCGCCAAACAUCCUCCUCCUCCUCCUCCUCCUCCUCCACACAGCCCGGAGUUCUUUGCUCCAGGCUUGUACAAAGCACGCAGCCCCCUCCGGCCACGCAGCCCUGUGUGUUUGGGGCCACAGUCAGCCCCCCCUCACCGGGCACAUCCGCCCUCGCCCCCCGGUAACCUUUAACACGUUCUAAAUGUUUGCCAUGUAACUCUUAAUUUUUAGAGCUCAACCCCAAUGUUUCGCGUGUUGUACGUGGGUGUGCUGCUGUGUACGUCGCACUAGGGUAAGAUGUGCAAAUGAAGAA